AUGAAGAGCCUCUUUUGGAAUGUGAGAGGUCUGGCCAAUAGCUCCUCUAGGCUUGCUCUAAAGAGAUUAAUUAGUUCUAAUAAACCAGACUUGGUUUUUGUGGCUGAACCAUGGAUGGACUCCAAUAAGCUCCCUAAGUCUUGGUUGCAUAACCUGGAUCUGAAGUUGUUUGCCCUUAAUCAAAGAGAUGACAUUUUGUCAAACCUGUGGUGUUUUUGCAAAACUAAUCUUAAUCCUGAUAUUAUUUCUGUUGACGACCAACAGGUUUCUUUUACUAUUAAACUUAACAAUACUACUCUCGGUUUCUCUGCUAUUUAUGCUUCGACGAGUUAUAUUUGCAGGAGGAGUCUGUGGCACAAGCUGAGCAAUGUUCUUCCAAAUGUGCCUUGUUGUUUUAUCGGAGAUUUCAAUGCAAUUAUCAGCUCUGAUGAAUACAGGGGAAAUCAUUCUCCCUCCAAAAUCCCCAUGGCUGACUUCUUCAAUUGGUCUAAUGAUAAUCAUUACAUUCAUCUCCCUACUGUUGGCAAUUUUCCGACUUGGUCGAAUGGUCGCAAAGGUAGGAAUUUGACUGAAAAACGGAUGGAUAGAGCGAUUUGUAACACUGAUUUCCUGGACGCCUGCUGCACUUUGGUUUGUAGUACUCUUCCUAGAUUUAAAUCAGAUCACUUUCCUAUCUUACUUACUUUUGAGGUUGAUAAAAUUUCCUUUAAAUCCCAAUUUAAGUUUCUUAGAAUGUGGUCUUCUUAUGAUGACUGCAUUAAUAUUAUUCAAAGUUCCUGGAAUGCUAAUGUUUCAGGUUGCCUGAUGUUCAUCUUGGACAGAAAGUUAAGGAUUCUUAAAGAAAACCUUAAAUCUUGGAAUAUCAAUGUUUUCAGUAACGUUAUAAAUAAGGUUGAGGAAGCUGAAACAAAUCUGAAGGAGAUACAGGCUAACAUUUCCAGUCAUGGUUAUGAUGAGCUUCGGCAUGCUAAUGAGAUUAAAGCUCAAAAUGAACUUGAGAUUGCUCUUAAUAUUGAGGAAGAGUUUUGGAAAGAAAAAACUAGGCUCAAUUGGCUUGUGGAUGGGGACCGUAACACUCGGUUUUUUCAGCAGUAUGCUAAAAUUCGAAGGAAGACCAAAGUCAUUUCUACUCUUAGAAUUGGGGAAGAUCUUAUCACUGAUAAUGCUAUAUUAGAAAACCAUAUUAAAUCUCACUUUGUUAACUUGUUUAACAGUAGGGUUGUUUUGCAGGAUAAUGGUAUGAUUCAGGGCAUUAUUCCUUCUAUGGUGGAUGCUAAAACCAAUGAUCUCCUCACCUUGACUCCUUCUGCCGAAGAGAUUCACAAUGCCAUCUUCUCUCUCAAUGCGGAUUCGGCUCCGGGCCCAGAUGGUUUUGGGGCUUAUUUCUUCCAGAAAUAUUGGGAUGUUAUAAAACUUGAUGUCAUUAAUGCUGUUUGUUCGUUCUUUUUGCAGAGCUGGAUUCCUUCAAACUACGAUACGAACACCAUUGUUCUUAUUCCUAAGACUAACUCAGCCUGUUCUUUGAAUCAGUUUAGGCCUAUUUUGCUGGCGAAUUUUAAAUACAAGAUCAUCUCCAAGAUUCUCGCUGACAGGCUUUCUUCCAUCCUUCCUUCCUUAAUUUCUUCUGAACAAAAAGGAUUCAUUCAUGGUAGAAAUAUUAAGGAUUGCAUUUUCCUCACCUCGGAGGCCAUUAACCUCCUUAAUAACAUAAGCUUUAGUGGAAAUGUCGCCCUAAAGAUCGACAUCUCUAAAGCUUUCGACACGCUCAGCUGGCCGUUUAUCAUUAAAACCCUUGAGUGUUUUGGUUUCAAUGAGAAAUUCUGUAACUGGAUUAAAGUCAUUCUAAAUUCUGCUCAUUUGUCUAUUGGCUUUAACGGCAAACUUGUUGGUUAUUUCAAAUGCUUUAAUGGCAUUAGACAAGGAGACCUCCUAUCUCCUCUCCUUUUUUGUUUAGCCGAGGAGGUCCUUAGUAGGGGAAUUAGAAAGUUGGUUAAUGAGAAUAAGAUUAAUCUCAUCAAGGCUUUUAGGAAUUGUUUUGUCCCCUCUCACACCCUUUAUGCAGACAACAUUAUGAUAUUUUGUCGAGGGGACCAUAAAUCUCUUACCGCCAGUGCUGCGUUCUUACAUGAAUAUGCUUCUUAUUCAGGUCAGUUUUGUAACUUUGCUAAAUCCCUUAUUUUUGCUGGUGGGAUGUCUACUGCUAGACAUCAAAGCUUAGAGGAUUUACUGGGAUUCUCUAUUGCCUUUCCUCCGUUCAUAUAUCUCGGGGCUCCUAUCUUCGUCGGCCGUCUGAAAGCUUCCCAUUUUCAGUUUAUGGCGGACAAAAUUCGUAUGAAGCUGGGGGCUUGGAAAGCUAGUUUGUUAUCCAUGGCGGGAAGAGUCCAAUUGGUGAAAGCCGUCAUUCACAGUAUGAUGAUUCAUUGUAUGACUGUAUACAAUUGGCCGGCUAGCAUUAUCAAAUAUAUCGAGAAAUGGAUGCGCAAUUUCAUAUGGAGUGGUAAUUUUGAUAAGAAAAAGUUAGUCACGGUAUCUUGGAAGAUUUGUUGCAAAGAUCUUAAAGAGGGAGGAUUGGGUAUCAAAUCUCUUAGGAACUUUAAUUCAGCUUCUAAUGCUCUGCUCUGCUGGAAUUUCUUGAGAAACAAACAAGACUGGGCUCUGUUGCUGGCUACAAGAGUUAGAAGAAACAACAAUUCAUCAAUUAUUCCAUCAGUUCCUCCAUUUGGAGUAGCAUCAAGGGCUCGUCUCCUUGAGAGGAUAAAAAAGAAAAUUCAUCUUCCCCUUAUUGCUGAAGAGGACAAUCUGAUUUGGAAGGAGCUUGCUAAUGGCCAAUUAAAUCUUAAAUAUGCUUACAGGUUCUUUCAAGCUUCAACGCCGACAGCUUCGUGGAAAACUUUUCAAUGGAGUCCGAAUGUUCCUCCCUCUCAAUCUAUGAUUGUGUGGCGCCUUAUCAAUAACAAAAUCCCGACGGAUGAGAAUAUGUCGAUUCGCGGUUUUGCUUUUCCCUCUAUCUGCAAUCUCUGUAAUUCGAAUCAAGAAACUUCCCAACAUUUAUUCUUUGAUUGCGUUUAUGUUCGGAAAAUCUGGGCUUGGCUUAAUGGCGUUAUUGGCACUCAUUUGCAGAUCCAUUCUAUUAAGGACUACUAUGCUUUGGUUUCUACCAGUAGCUCUCCUCAGGUAGGGGUGGUCCUUACGACUUGCUUUAUUAAUGUUUUCGUACAAGUCUGGAAAGCAAGAAACUUGGCCAGGAUAAAUCCGUCUAGAUUGAUCCGUCACAUUGACGUGUUAUGGUCUCCUCCGCCGGUGGGUUGGAUAAAAAGAAACAUUGAUGGGGUGGCUACCGGUUCCCCCUCUAUUAGCUCUUGUGGGGGUAUUUUUAGAGACCACAUGGGUGAUCAUAUUGGGAGUUUUUGCAAUUUCUUGGGGGAAGGGAUAUCGGAGUUGGCGGAGUAUAGUGGUGUUAUGGUGGCCAUUGAGAAAGCUCAAGAUUGUGGUUGGCAGAAGCUAUGGCUUGAAUCGGAUUGCAUCAUUGUUGUUAACUCAUUUUCUAACUCUUACUUAGUGCCUUGGAUUAUCAAGUCUCGUUGGCUUAAGUGUAGGUCUUACACGCUUUCAAUAGAUUUCAUGAUAACACAUAUUUAUAGAGAAGCCAAUUUUUGUGCCGAUAUCCUGGCUAGUUUAGGUCUUAAACUUAGAAAUUUUUCUUGGUUCUCUCACAUUGUUCCGGAUAUUCGUAGGGAUUUCUUGCUUGACAAGGAUGGUACCCCUAGACUUAGACUUCUUCACUAA